GCGACGAUCGGCCGGUCCUUUUCAUGUCUGCUCCGUUUCUGUAGGACGCAAACCUUCAAGUCUUAUUAAAAACUCCUCUAUCGCCGAGGACAUAUUCAAUCGAAAAUAUGGAGGCGGUAGCUGCAAGCGGCGAAACCAUGGACGUCUAUACUGCCCUCCAAGAGGUGCUGAAGAUGGCCCUUAUGCACGACGGUCUUGCUCGUGGACUUCACGAAGCCGCAAAGGCAUUGGACAAACGUCAAGCCCACUUGUGCGUUUUGGCCAACAACUGUGAUGAAACCAGUUACGUGAAGCUUGUCGAAGCGCUCUGCGCUGAACACCAGAUCAACUUGAUCAAGGUUGACAGCAACAAGAAGCUCGGUGAGUGGUCUGGCCUCUGCAAGAUCGACAAGGAGGGCAAGGCGAGGAAAGUUGUUGGCUGCAGCUGCGUUGUGGUGAAGGACUACGGCAAGGAAACGCAGGCCCACGACGUACUAAGCGAAUACUUCGCCUCCAAACGUGGUUGAGUGGUUCACAAUAAAAGACGUUCCCGCUGUGCAGAAAAAAA